UCAAUAAAAAUGGAGGUCAAAAUAUAAUGUAUUCACGAAAAAUAAGGUAAAACUUAAGUAUUUUAAAUAAAAGCUUGUUUAAAAGAUAAUCUAAAUGACCUAUACCCCACCUGUUGGAAAAAUUCUCAAAAUUAAUACAAUGGAUUUGUAUUUUCCGUGAACGUAACUAUCCGACGUUAGGCAGCUGUUCGAAGUAAGGGCAUUGCUUCUCUAAAAAUCAUGCUUCGCCAAUAUUAUUACUUUAUUGUUUUACAGCUAUUACUUAAGUUCCAACACAUUGUUGUAAUCAUCAAACCAUGGAGUUUGAAGAAGCCGAUAACAGGGUUCCUUGUAGUUACUGUGGGAGGAAAUUUAACCCUGAGAGUCUGGACCGCCAUGCAAAAAUCUGUGCCAAAACCUCAAAACCACGUCCUGUAUUUGAUUCAAGCAACCAAAGGGUUUUCACAGCUGGUGAUACAAACAAUAUACCAGUUCCAAAGAAGAACAAAGCACCGAUAACAAAGCCACAGAAAAAAUCGACAGUUGGGACACUAAAAAGCGCAGGAGAUAGAGCUGUUCGAAACCCACCUCAGAAAAAGGCACCAGCCAGAUCAGCACAAUCCAAUUACAACCAAUGCCCUCACUGCUUGAGAAAGUUUAACAAUGAGGCAGCACAGAGGCAUAUCCCAUUUUGUGCUGAACAACAUAAAAGGAUUGGCCUUAAAAAAGAGACAACAUCUAUAAAAAAAGACAGUCUUUCUGCUCAGGCAGCAGCUAGAGCAAUGGCAAGACAAAAUUAUAAGCCGCCUUCAUUAAAACCAUCAUCUGGGCGCAGUGAUUCCAGAUCACCUGGUAAUUCUGCAACCUCUAGGUAUGCAACUAAUGGAAGAGGUAAAAAUGAAAAGUUUAACAGCGCAACACUGAGGGUGGGGUCUAAUGCUGAAAGAAAUGGCAUUUCCCCAAAGCGGUCCAAUCCUGAAUGGAAUGCAGACAUAGAAGUACCUGCAUACUCAUCUGAGGUGCGUACACGUACAGGAUUAAAAGCGUACACAUCUAACAACACUGAAAAGGAAAGGUUCCAGCGCCAGAGAGGAGUUCUUGAAGAGAAGAAAAACACAAUUCGUAAAAUCAGCACAAGGAAUGACAAGUUAAGACAGCUUGGCGUUGAUGGUGUAUCGGACCAACAUGAUUUAUUUGGAAUUGGUGCGUACAAAAGUAAUGAAGUCUCUCCCAGUCCGUCCAGUGGCAGUAAACGUUCUUUGAAAGGAAACUCUCCAUUGUCAAAUCACGAAAGGCGGGACUUCGUAUUCCGAAAGAAUGGCGCAUAUGACUUCAGUGAGACGUACUCUCCAGAGUUUACAGACUCCAACUACCGCCUGCCUUCUCCAGGGUCGAAAUUUUGUCAUGAAUGCGGUUCCAGAUACCCCAUUUCCAAUGCCAAAUUCUGCUGUGAAUGUGGUCUUAAGAGAAUUGUACUUAACUAAAAUUUACUCUGUGAAAUAAUAUAUAUAAAGUUUAUUUUAAAAUUUGAAUCCAUUUGAUAUUCUGUAAUGUCGCAACUUUGUGUUCCUCAACUGUUUAAUGUAUCAUAAACCAAACCUUAAAGCACCCUAGCAACUUUCCCUAUUGUCACUUUUACAAUAAAACUUCUAUCCCUAUGUCCUAUAAUACAUUCCAUUGCAAAUGCCCUUUUGUUCCACUGUAUCACUCUAUUAUCAUUAUCAUAUGUUAACUUUUAUACAUAAAUAAAGCAACUGUAUAUUUUACCUUAGCCAUACCCAUACUAUAACUAAAAAAGGGCAAGGUUUUAAAUAACUCUGGUUUGUGCUGUGUGUUUAUAAACCUAAAAAUUCUUGUUUUUUAUAUAGUUCGUCCUAAUCUGUUUAAACUUUACAUUUUUCAUGUUCAAAAUUCAAUAAUAAUUCAUAUAUUAUAGACUUAGUUAUAUUUCUAUAUUGCUACAAAAUAAAAAUUAUUACACUGUUGGUACAGAAUUUUUUAACUGAUUUCAAUUUUUUUAUGUACACUUGUAAUGGGAAAUAACUAGCACAACAUUCAUAUAGAAUAUAAUUACUGAAUAAUA